AUGAAAAAUAUUGCUAUUAUUGGUUUGGGAUAUGUAGGUUGCCCUCUAGCGGUCGAAUUCGGAAAACGUCGUCCGACCAUUGGUUUUGAUAUCGAUGAAGAUCGUAUUCAUGAUCUCGAAGCCGGUCAUGAUCGUACUCGUGAAUGCUCAUUGGAUGACUUGAAAGAGGCGAAAUUUUUGAAAUAUUCUUCAUCCUUGGAUGAUCUUCGCGAAGUACAAAUAUUUAUUGUCGCUGUCCCAACUCCAAUUCUUAAAAAUAAACAUCCGGACUUAUCAUUGCUGCUCAAAUCAUCUGAAAUGAUUGGACGAGUUUUAAAAAAGGAUGAUAUUAUCAUCUACGAGUCAACCGUAUAUCCUGGUGUAACAGAGGAUGAGUGUGUCCCAGUCUUGGAAAGAAUCAGUGGACUGAAAUUCAAUGCUGACUUCUUCUGUGGCUACUCUCCUGAACGUAGCAAUCCUGGUGACAAGGAACAUCGACUGACUAAUACAUGCAAAAUCGUUUCAGGUUCGACACCUGCCAUAAGUCAGGAAAUUAAUUCACUCUACCGAGAAAUUAUCAAGGCAGACACGUUUAUAGCAUCAUCCAUUCGAGUGGCUGAAGCGGCCAAAGUCGUUGAAAAUGCACAACGCGACCUCCACAUAGCUUUUGUCAAUGAACUUUCACAAUUAUUCCAUUUGAUGAAUAUCGAUACAAAUGACGUGUUAGAAGCAGCCCGAACAAAAUGGAAUUUUUCAUCAUAUCAGCCGGGCUUGGUCGGUGGUCACUGCAUAGGUGUUGAUACCUAUUAUUUGAUUUAUAAAGCAUAUGAACUUAACUAUAAUCCAGACAUACUUCUUAUGGGGCGUCGAAUAAACGACAGCAUGGGGCAAUAUAUUGCCAUUCGAGUUAUAAAAAUAAUGACUCGAAAAAGUAUUUCAAUACAGGAUUCUUCAAUAUUAAUCCUGGGAAUUACAUUUAAAGAGAACUGUCCUGAUAUUCGGAAUUCAAAAGUAAUCGAUAUCAUUAAAGAAUUGAAAGACUUUGGUUGUUCGGUAGACAUUGUUGACACGCAAGCUGAUCCUCAACAUGUUUACAAUCUCUAUGGCAUUCGCUUAAAAUCGAUAGACGAAUUCAAAAAGAUUAAUGAAAGAAUUGUUAUUGAUGAAUACGAUGCAGUGAUUAUUGCUGUGGCUCAUCGCGAGUUCCAAUCGUACGAUUUUUCGUCAAUGUCAAGUACAAGUAAAGUCAUUUAUGAUGUCAAAGGACUAUUACCAAAAGAUAUGGUAGAUGAACGCUUGUGA